CAGCUCCAUCACCACAACCACCUGGUGGAUCGCCCCAACACCCACGCCCGAGUUGUUCUCAAGCCGUGCGGGAAUCGCCGCCCAACUGUCUCGAUACCGCAUCGCCGUCGCCAAGCACGCAUCUGACCGCCCUGCUGUGGGCUCGUGCCAAACCUCUCUCCUGCGAUACCCCUGGAAGCGAACACUGCAAGCAUGACCCGCUCGACUUCGGCCAACAGCCUCGAGCAGAAUCCGUCAGCAGCGUCCAAUGCACGCAGCCGCUCGGAGCGGGUGGCGGCCAGGAAGCGCAAGGUCGGCGCAAGCCUCGCCAAGUUCGAGCAAAAGACGCCCAACUUCUUUGCCCUCCCGCCGUCCCUCUCGUCGUUGAGAAAUCGGCCCCGCCCAGCCCGUGCUACAACCGCACCCGCCAAAAGCAACCCGCCAGAACCCACCAGCGCAUCCAACAGACACGCUGCCGCCGUCACCGCCGACGACUCGGACUCGGAUGAAUCGCUUCCGGAUCGCCACGAUCCCCCUGCUGCCUUGUCUGCGGAGCCCACUGUCCAGCCUGUCUCGGAUCCAGCUGCCGAGUCGGACGCUGUCCCGCCGCUUGCAGACCCUCCUCCUCCCCAUCACCUCAGUGAAGACCCCAACACGAGCUGCAGCGCGCCGGACGACUCCCAAGAGCUUGAGGCGCAGGACAUUCCAUCGCAGGACAUUGCAUCGCAGGACAUCUCGAUGCAGGACGCUUCGCCACUGAUCGCUCCGACACCUGAUAUCGAAUCCCUCAACAUGACCUCACAAAGCGCCCAGCUUCCGAAUCCUCAGUCUCACGACGUAUCGACGUCCCGCUCACAAUCGCCCUUUCUGUCCGACGUCAUGGGCUCUCAGAUCAACCCCAGUCCGUCUCUUCUGGACUCGCCUCUCUCGAUCGACGACAAAGCCGGCAGCCAGUCAGCCUCAGGCACCACGCAGCCGUUGGACCUGCCAAUAGCGCAUGCCGACAUCGCCGCCACUUCCUCUUCAUCCCUCCUCAGUGACGACCUCUCGAGUGAAAUGGUCUCGUCCGCCCUGUCAAACCUGGACUCGACUUCACUACAGUCCUCCACCCACCCUGUCAACUUAUCUGUCACCACCAGUCAUGACCAGGCUGGGUCGUUAUCACAUCCCCAAACACCAUCCGCCGCCUCGUUAGAGGCAGCGGUUCAACACAUCAAGCCGACCGAUACAGCGCCGGUCGUUCCCCUUCCCGCCAGCCCACCCAAAGACUUGCUUCAUGAGCUGCAUCUGCCACUCGACACGCACGCCACCGACGCGGGUAUGAUCCAAGUCGAUAGCCAGAUCUUUGAGAGCAUCGACCAGUUCUGUGGCACAAAUGCAUCGCACGACGACCAGGCCUGGGACUUGCUCAUGGAAGAGAUGACGCAUGCCACUCCCGCGCGACCGCGCGAUCCGAAGACUUUGACCGAAGCGCUCAAGUCCAAAAUCGGUGCGCUUGAGCACUCGGAUGCACAAUCACUGCUGUCGCCCCAGCCACCCACGCCUCUGCCAUCAUUUUUAAAGCCCAAAGGAGACGUUGCCGAGCUGACACUGACGUCCGACGCCAAGCUGCGCCUCGCUACCUCGGCUCGAGAUGAAGAUGGCGAUUCCAAACCAAUUGCUGCCGAAUCAUCAUCAAGCAGCGCCGAUGAGGCAGCCGAGGCAGUCGAAGCAGACGCCCCUGCUGAUAUGAACUCACGACCGGCCCAGCAGACGCAAACCGACUUGCAUCCCGAGUCUUGUGACCGUGAUGAUGUUGACUCUGAAUUGGCAUCCCUCGAGAUUGCGCAUGCCGCUUCCAAGACCGCCUCCUUCGACUCCGACGUUGCGUCCCCGCGUAGGGAGCGCCACGACGUAACCCAUGCAGAUUCACAAAGCCGAUAUCCAGGCAGCAAGUUUACGGAGCCCGCUGCAGAGUCCCAUGUCGGGACAAGGCGUCGGGUAACCUUCUCCGGCUCUGUCUGGAAUACGUACUCUCCUCCGCGGUCUCCGGAUUAUGGCGAUGUGUCGGAGGAGGAUCGUGACGAGCAGGAUCUCAGCGAGGACGCUACUGCAGAUCUACAGCGCGCAGAAUCAAAGGGAAGGCUGCUGCCGGAGCCUACGCCCUUCGGUAAUGGCAAUGCUGUGGAAAGCAGAGACCAGGCUGGAGACCAUAGCAACCACGACAGCUUCAGCGACAACCCGGACGAACCGGAAGGAGAUCACGACUACGGCAACGGCGCCGGUGGCCUGCCCGGCGAUGGAGAUGCUGAAGUCAACGUGCGUCGUGAUAGAAAUGCCAGUAGACUCGGCAGAUAUGACCUAUCGGACAGCGAUUCGCAAGGCACCCCCCCUCCUGUGGCAAGAUACCAGCCACAAGCAUCCCCUUUUGCGCGCUCGCCGUCCGUGGACUGGACAGAGCAUGACGAGUCGGCUGUAUCGAGCCACAGGUCACCGAGCCCAUCCAGGGAGGUCGCGGCAGCUCAAAAGGACAAAGACGCCCGUCCUGCUUUGGCUUCUCUGCCCACCGACGACUCGCAGACUCCUCUUCGCAAAGCUGGGAGAUCCGCUUCCACACGCACACCCGGUCGCAAGAGCCACGAGACCAGGGACAUCAAAGAUACCGCGGCACCAGUCCUCGCGAAGCGGCCGGCAGUCAAGGCUCCAAGCAAGCAGCCGAGGCCCCAGCACAUCCAGAAACAGUCCCAAAUGCUGACGGAAACCAAUGCGACUCCUCCAAGAACGCGACAGGCGUGUCGGAGAGCAGGACUGGUUUUAAAGCAAACUUUGGACCGAUGGGGCGGCUCUCUACAGACGCAGGUUGCUCGGAUAGCUGAGAACGACUCGGUCGCGGAUGCUGUUUCGGGACCGUCGCGGUCCGUCCCCUCCGUAGAGCCUGUCGCCAGAAAGCCCCCUUCCCUCCGCCGUCCCCAGCCAAGCGCCACUGCCAAUGGAACACACGAUCGCAAACGAACGGCCCCGACUCGGAGCCACUAUCCAGACUCGGACACACCGCCUGAUGAUGACGAUGAUGACGACGACCUUCCCCAGACUGCUGCCACAGAUCGGUGGAGAGCCGCCCUGUCUGAGAGCGCGUCGGAGGACGAAGCCGCUGUUCAAAGCCAGCGACGGUCGCAAAGCGCUCAGCGAUAUCGGCAGAAUGUGCCAUCCGAUCCGUUGCCACAGCCCCGAACACGACAGCAGAGCAAGCGUAAGCGCGAGCCAGCGGCGUCCCAGGACAACGACAGUUCGGACGAGCACGAGGUCGAGGACGAAGAGGAGGAGGAAGCCCCGCGCCGCACACGUCGGAAAGGAGCGAAAGCCAAGAAGCUGACGCUCCCUCGCUCACAGCGACGCCAGAAGCAUGUCCAUGUUGUGAUCGACUCGGAUUGAUUUAGACCGACUGCGCAACGUGAAACGACACUCCCCCGACUCUAAUGAUUGAGAACCGCUGUGGUUAUGGCGGCUG